UUGGCCGUCGUAGCAAUACCAACUUAUGAAACUUUGCACAUCUCCCCUUGUCUAUAGACUUUAGAUUUUAUAAAAAUUAGUCAUCGGUUAAGACAUUGUUGUGAAGAUGGGGGUACCAAAGUUUUAUCGAUGGAUUUCAGAACGAUAUCCUUGUCUGAGUGAAGUUGUCAAGGAACACCAGAUCCCAGAGUUUGACAACCUCUACCUUGACAUGAAUGGCAUUAUCCACCAAUGCUCCCACCCUAAUGAUGAGGAUGUGCACUUCCGCAUCUCUGAAGAGAAGAUCUUUGCCGACAUCUUCCACUACCUGGAGGUGCUCUUUCGUAUCAUUAAGCCUAGGAAAGUUUUCUUUAUGGCCGUAGAUGGCGUUGCUCCACGGGCAAAAAUGAACCAGCAACGUGGGAGAAGAUUCCGGUCCGCUAAAGAGGCAGAGGACAAGAUAAAGAAAGCUUUGGAAAAGGGUGAAGUAUUACCAACAGAGGCCAGAUUUGACUCAAAUUGCAUCACCCCAGGAACAGACUUCAUGGCCAGGUUACAAGAGCAGCUGAAGUAUUUUGUUCACAGCAAACUGUCUACAGACAAAUUGUGGCAGGGAGUGAAUGUGUACCUGUCUGGACAUGAGACGCCUGGAGAAGGAGAGCACAAGAUCAUGGAGUUUAUACGCUCGGAGAUCGCUAAACCAGGUCACGACCCCAACACACGUCACUGCCUCUAUGGCCUGGACGCUGACCUGAUUAUGCUUGGCCUGACCAGUCAUGAGCCUCACUUCUCUCUCCUCAGAGAGGAGGUGCGCUUCGGGGGUAAAAAGACACAGAAGAGAAUAACGGCUCCAGAGGAGACCACCUUUCACCUGCUUCACCUCUCUCUUAUGAGGGAAUACAUAGACUAUGAGUUUUCUGAACUGAGGAAUAAGAUCUCCUUUGAGUAUGAUCUGGAGCGUAUCAUAGAUGACUGGAUCCUAAUGGGCUUUCUGGUUGGGAAUGACUUCAUCCCUCAUCUUCCUCAUCUGCACAUCAACCACGAUGCUUUACCACUGCUCUACCGUACCUACAUCAGUGUACUGCCCACUCUGGACGGCUACCUCAAUGAGAAUGGACGCCUCAACCUCGCCAACUUUGAGAAGUACCUGGAGAAACUGUCAGAUUUUGACCGGGAGCACUUCUCUGAGGUGUUUGUGGAUCUGAAGUGGUUUGAGAGUAAAGUUGGUAAUAAGUAUGUGAAUGAAGCCGCUGGACUGGCUGCAGAGGAGGCCGGGCACACGGACAGGAAGAAGAAUAAGUCUCAGGAAGACUCUUUAUGUCUGGCAGCACUUGAUGGAGAGAAGGCUCCAUGCAGAGAGGAAGAUGGGGAAGAUGAAGACAUGUUUGAGGCUGAGUUUCGUCAGUACAAGCGCACGUACUACAUGACCAAGAUGGGUGUGGAGGUGGUCUCAGAUGAGUUUUUGGCUAAUCAGGCCCUGUGCUAUGUGGAGGGUAUUCAGUGGAUCCUGCAUUACUACUACCAUGGAGUUCAGUCCUGGAGUUGGUAUUACCCUUUCCACUAUGCCCCCUUCCUCUCUGAUGUGCGCAACAUUGCAGAACUUAAGUUGACCUUUGAUAUGGGCAAACCCUUCAUGCCAUUUGAGCAGCUUUUGGGUGUUCUGCCUGCAGCCAGCAAAGAUCUGCUCCCCAAGUGUUACCAGCAUCUUAUGACAUCAGAGAGCUCUCCUAUCAUAGAGUACUACCCCCAGGACUUUAAAACCGACCUGAACGGCAAGCAACAGGAGUGGGAGGCUGUAGUGCUCAUCCCUUUCAUCGACGAGAAACGUUUGCUGGCAGCGAUGGGACCUUACAAUGAUCUGCUGAGUCCAUCCGAGAAGGCCAGGAACAGACACACAGAGUGUGCCCUCUACAGCUAUGAUAAAGAGCUAGACUAUCCUUAUGACUCGCCCCUGGCACAGAUCUUCCCCAAUAUCGUCCACUGCCGCGUCCGGUCGACUCCCAUCGCCAUGGACUCUUGGCGUGUGCCUUUGGAUCAUGUCCAGCGUAGGGUAGAGAGAGGUUCACUUUACUUCUGCGGUUUCCCUACCUUACAGCAUAUCCGCCACAAAUUCUAUAAGAAGAAGAGUGGUGUACUGGUGUUCCAGCAAAGCAGUCGUGGGGAGAACAUGAUUUUGGAAAUUUUAGCAAACCAGGAGGGGGAGCCGGAAGCUGAGAGUGUGGCAGCCCAGGUUCUUGGGAAGUCUGUGUUUGUCAACUGGCCUCAUUUAGAGGAGGCUCGAAUAGUGGCGGUAUCUGACGGAGAGACCAAAUUUUUCUUAGAGGAGCCUCCAGGGGUUCAGAAGUUGUACUUGGGAACUACUCCUCCUCCAACUGAUGUGGCCUAUUUGAGUGAUAAAGAACAAAAGGAGUGGGUGAAAGAGGUCCAGGGCCUGACAGAGCAUUUCAGCAAACGGAAGGGCAUUACCAUUAAUGAGACAGAGGUCGUAUUGUAUGGGCAGCUGCUGACAGGGAGAAAAUAUGUGCCCGGUUCUAACGGUCGAGUUCAUCUGGAGAAACAGUGGGCCAAACAGAUCCUGCCCUUCGCCUACCAGACGGUGGUCAAGGACAUCAAGUCCUUUGACUCCUCGUUGUCACGUUUUAAGACCUUGGAUGAACUGUUUCCCCCAGGAACCACCGUUUUUAUGGUGGGGAACCCAUACUAUGGUGCCAUGGGAGAUGUGCAAGAUUCCAGUGAUGUCAUCAGUGAGGGACGGGUGCGUGUGGUCUUCACUGUGCCCUGUGAGCCUCAGCUUGAUGCCUUAAUUCAGAACCAGCAUAAAUACUCUGUGAAGUAUAGUCCAGGCUACGUCCUGGCCUCUCGCCUUGGCAUCACCAGCUACCUCGUCUCCAGGUUCUCCGGGAGCAUCUUCAUUGGGAGAGGAUCCAAGAAAAAUCCUCACGGAGAGCAGAGGACCAAUGUUGGUCUGAAUCUCAAAUUUAAUAAGAAGAAUGAAGAGGUCCCUGGCUACACCAAGAGAACAGAGAAAGAGUGGCUGUACUCAGCAGCCGUAGAGGAAUUACUGGCCGAGUACUUAGAACGAUUUUCCGAGGUGUUUGAUGCAGUGUCCAGGAACAGUCAUGAUGAUAUCUUCUAUGAAGAUGAUAUCUGGCCUGGAGAAGAUGAGAACGGGGCAGAGAAGGUUCAGGAGAUUGUCUCCUGGCUGAAGACUCAUCCCGUAAGCUCGUCGUCCAGAGCUUCAUGUGAUCUGCAGAUCCUGGAUGCAGGCAUCGUGGAGAAGAUAGAAGAGGAAUUAGAGAAAACUAAGGCGAAGAAAAGCAGUAAGAAAGUGCGGGUCACUGUGAAGCCACAUCUGCUCUUCAGGCCUCUGGAGCAGCAGCAGGGUGUGGUUCCUGACCCAGAUGCUGUGUAUAACCUGUUUGAUCGUGUGGUCAAUGUCAGAGAAGGUUUCUCUGUCCCACUUGGUCUUAGGGGAACCAUCAUUGGAAUCAAAGGAGCGGAUCGAGAAGCUGAGGUCCUGUAUGAAGUGGUAUUUGAUGAGGAGUUUGCUGGAGGUCUCACUCUCAGGUGCUCUCCAGGGCGGGGCUACCGGCUGCCCCCGUGUGCCUUAAUUAACUUGAGCCAUGGCAGCCGUCUGGAGCAGGGCUCCCACAAGCUCACGGCCAUCGUCAAACCUCAGCCUUCAUCAUCCUCUUCACACCAUGCACAGAACAAGAGUCAACUGGGUGCUCUCAAUCACUCCCCACGGUCUCCAUUUAUACCCACACAGCAGCAGAACGGCAGACUCAAUCUCAGGGCUGAUACUCAGGGUAACAGACAGUCUCCCCACAAAGCUCUUAACCAGAAAAACCAGCACAAGGGCUCUGGGAAGCAAGAGGAAUUCAGUAAUGUUUGGCAGUCUCUACAGAAUUCUGGAAUGCCACAGAAACCACCAGCUCACUGGCACAACGCUCAGGCUGGGAAGAGUGGCCCUUUGGUCAGCCAGCAGAAACAGCGGGAAGGCCUGCACCAGCAGAGCCAGAGCAACGACUCCUCUGGCAAAACAGGUCCUUCAGGCAAUAUAAGACUGCUGAAGAGGAAUGAAGACUUGAGUGGUGCUUUCCCUCAAGGUGGCAAGGUCUCCUCAGAGUUUGAAGAGUUAAUUGCCAAUCUGAAGAUCUCUAAGGGCAAUGAGCCUGCCAUGCCACUUCCUCCAAAAGAGCCACAGGACCAGUCAGGAGAACCUCUCUCUCCUCAGUCUUUUGCCAUGAAGGGGACUCUGAUGCUGAAGGAGAUGUUGAAGAUUGACAGCUCAGGUACGAGUAGCUCUCCAACGCCAACGCUUUCACAGCAGAACAGGAAACGGGCCACCAAGAAACUGGCUGCAAGGAUAAACACAUCCCAAGGAGAAGCUCCUGGUCCUCCUUUAGCUGCCCAGGCUCCCAUAAUACCAGGUGUGGCAUCUGAGUUGGGCCGGAUCUGUAUGGGCCUGGGAAUGAGCCCGCCAGAGUUUGCUUUCCUGCGAAGCAGACAGGGGCUAACAGUGUGUCAGGUGAAGUUGUCCAAUGGUCUCCUGGUUCACGGGCCCCAGUGUCAGUCAGAAAAUGAGGCCAAAGAGAAAGCCGCACUCUUUGCUCUGCAAAGACUGAAUUCAGUUGGCUCUUUCCCCCUGGCUCCUGCCUUGUUCUCUGGUGUUCAGCCAAUGAGACCACUGGGACCCCAUCCCUCCAUGUUUGGCCAGCCUGCUGGAGGUCUUUUGAUGCCCCCACAAGGCUAUGGACCUCUUCAUUGGGGUGUUCAGCUCCCUCACCAGGGCCAGCCAUUUUACACGGGGACCUUCCCAGGCGCACGGGCCCCCCCACCAUCAGCCCCCAUUGGCUCUCACAACCAGUUUGUCCCUCUCCAGGUGACUAAGAAACGGGUUUCGGGUCGGAAGAACCAGGAGACAAGGGAGUUUACCAACUCCAGUCUAGCCAACCAGAACCAGUACCAGAAUCAGAUCAGUGAAACGUCACAGACCCUACCAGCCCAGUCGGCAACAGCCCUGCCGCAAGCCGCAAAGACACCCCCAGCCAGCAUCCAAGAUCCAGCCGAAAAGCCUGGGCCCUGUACACCUAAAACACCCAAGCAAAACCCCAACCCUCACACACCAGGCUCUGCUUCCAAGAGGAAACACAGAAAACUGGCGGUGAAUUUUGAGGCUGCCAAAGUGGCGGACUAAAUACUCUAUACAAUGCUACCACGUAAAACCUUUUUUAAGAAAGUAUUAUCAUUCUAAAAUGUAUGAAAACAAAAGAAGUCACAAUUAUGGACCGAAUAGCAAGUAUUUUUUUUGAAGGGGGUUUCUGUAAUAUUUGUAAGAUGAAUCUUGGUUCUCAAACACACCCAAAGCCAUUUUGUAUUGAAUUGUAUGUUUAACUGGAAUCUUUGGUGAUGGUAAGCUUCUUUUAACUUUUUUCCUCUUUACUACUUUUUUGCACCAACACAAUCUUUUUUUUAUCCCCUUUUGGACUGACGAGAUCAUUAGAGAUGUUUCAUCAUUGCCCCCUGUCUCUUUACUUUGUCCACUGCCAAAUUCUUAGUCUUUUAGUGGAUAUUUUUCAGUGAUGAGUUUUAAACUUUGAAAGGUAAUUAUUAUACUUUUGUACAAUGCAUUGAACCAAAAAAAAAAAGUAUGUUUUUUGACAACUAACAUAACAACUGAGACUGCGUUAUUCAUUUUAUUUGCUAUUUUAUUAAAAGUCAACACAGCACCGCAAGACCUUGCAUAUAUACCCGUUAAUUAUGAUACACAUAAAUAAUACUGCACAAAUCACAAAGUAAGAUUUGUUUGGUCACAGCACCGCCACUCUGGUCCAUCUCACACUGGCAGCUCCUUUUGACUGAGGAAUAACCUUGUUAGCAAUGAGCAAACAUAAUUCAGUUUGAAUCAACAGGAAUGUGAAUAAUCCCAAACCAGUUUGGAAUACUCUGCAGCUGUCAAUGUAUGGUCGCGGGAUUAAGUGUGUUUCUGUUGUAUUGGGAAGUGUUUGAUGCUUCUUACAGUGCAGUUGUGCUCUCUGAAAAAUGGAACCUUAUGUCUUUUACUUGAGUCAGAAUCUGGAGGUAGAACCAUGUUCUUCUAGGGUUAUGACUUGGUUGGUCUACAUAAAUUCUUGGAGAAUGAGUGUUCACACUGGCUGUUGUCAAGCCCCUUUUUUUUAAUAGACCUGAUAAUGUGGUUUGAUGUCAAGCCAUUACAGUGUGGGGUUUUUUUCUGUGGUCCCCCCCCUUUUUUCUUUUUUUUUUUGAGUUUGGUUUCUGCAGUGGAAGAUUUCUAUUCCCAGUUUUUAAAAUGAAGUUUGCAUAUUUAAUUCCAGUCAUUUUAGGUACACUGUCUUAAAACUUGCUUUAUGGAAAAACAGUUUUGAUGAAAGAACCUCUUCAUAUAAAUAUUAAAUUUAUGAUCUCUCUCUCUGUUUUCUUACUAAUUGGGCAGUACCUAAUGAGUUUACAGAUAUGUAAAAGUAUAUUUCUUGUUAUGCAAUUUUUUUUUCUCUCUCUCUCUCUCUCUGCAUAACUGUACCUUACCGUAUCUCCAGAGUCUGGGUUUUGAGAUGUUGAAGUACAACUGUACACAGAAUUUUAUUUUGUAAAUUAAUUUGGUGGUUUAUUUGAUAAACACCAAAAGCAAAAUAAAACACAGACUGCCCUCCCUUGUUUGGAGGGAGCUGUAAAUAGACCUUAAAUAAACCUUUUGUUAUCAUUAUGCC